AAAUCAGCAAGGAACCUGUUGUCACAGUUUUUGUGUGUCUUUGAUUCUUUGUUUCCUGUCACACGCUGAUGUUGCACGCAGAGAAUUAUGAGAGGAUACAAAAUGUUUCUUUUCCUGAGUUGCGUUAUUGCAGUGUGUGUCAGUGCGUUGCUGCCCACCCCGGUUCAAAAACAAGCAUUCGAAAUUGAAAUCAAACAAAAUUUGUCUGAGUGUCUGGAGGACAGAGACUAUGAUCAGCUGCUGGAGACAGUGGAAGAGGGACUUCCUCACAACAUCACAUCCCAUCAUGUGGUCAUCAUCGGGGCGGGCAUGGCUGGACUGACAGCCGCCAAACUACUGCAUGAUGCAGGACACAAGGUUACCUUACUGGAGGCAAGUGAUCAUGCCGGGGGCCGGGUGCACACCUACAGGGAUAAAGCACAAGGCUGGUAUGUUGAACUCGGUGCCAUGAGGAUCCCAAGUUUCCACCAUAUCGUCCACUUGUUUGCUAAACAACUCCAAGUCCCUUUGAACAAAUUCAUCAUGGAUGAUCCCAACACUUAUUACCUGGUUAAUGGUGUGAAGGCGAGGACGUAUGAAGUGACAGCAAAACCCGAUAUCUUAAAGUACGACCUACCACAAAAUGAGCAGAACAUGUCAGCUGAUCAGCUGCUGCAGAGAGCUUUGCAGAAGGACAAAGACUAUGAUCAUCUGCUGCACACUGUGCAAACCGGACUUCCUCACAUCAACACAUCUCAUCACGUGGCCAUUGUUGGUGCAGGCAUGGCUGGAUUGACCGCCGCCAAGUUACUGCGAGAUGCCGGACACCAGGUAACAAUAAUAGAGUCUAGCGGUCGUGUUGGAGGACGGGUGCACACCUACAGAAAUGAGGAAGAGGGUUGGUACGCUGAACUAGGAGCCAUGAGGAUCCCAAGCUUCCACCACAUUGUACACUGGUUUGUUAAAAAGCUCGGGGUGAAGCUGAAUGAGUUCAUCAUGGAUGACAUGAACACCUUCUACUUGGUUCACGGCCUGCGGAAGAAGACAUAUGCAGUGAACACAAACCCAGACAUCCUGAAAUACAAGCUACCAAAGCGUGAGCGCAGAGUGUCGGCCUACGAACUCCUGCAACGUGCUUUGCAGAAGGUGAAAGAUGAAGUGGAAGCAAACGGGUGCGAAGCAAUGCUGAAGAAAUAUGACCAUUAUUCUGUGAAGGAGUAUCUGAAACAAGAAGGCGGUGUGAGUGAUGAGGCUAUCAGGAUGAUUGGAGACCUGUUGAAUGAACAGAGCUUCAUGUACACGGCGCUGACCGAAAUGCUCUAUGAACAGGCUGAUAUCAACGACCACACCAAGUAUGAUGAAGUUACUGGUGGAACCGAUCUUCUUGCCAAAGCUUUUCUUCCCGUUCUCGAUGUCCCCAUUCUACUCAACUCAAAGGUCAGCUGUAUCAAGCAGUCAGAUGAGGGUGUAAUCGUUUCCUAUCAGCAAGAACAUGAGCCUUCUUUGAAACACCUUCAUGCUGAUGUUGUCUUGGUAACAACCACAGCAAAGGCAGCCCUCUACAUAGAGUUUGAGCCGCCACUGUCCACCAGAAAGAUGGAGGCCUUGAGGGCCGUCCAUUACGACAGCUCCACCAAAAUCAUCCUCACCUUCAGUGAGACCUUUUGGGAAAAAGACGGCAUCCAUGGAGGGAAGAGCAUCACUGAUCAACCCUCUCGUUACAUCUAUUAUCCCAGCCACAGUUUUCCCAAAAACAAGUCCAUUGGCGUUCUUCUGGCUUCAUACACCUGGUCUGAUGAUUCACUUAUGUUGCUUGGAGCAAGUGAUGAAGAACUGAAAGAGUUGGUUUUGAGGGAUUUGGUACAGAUCCAUGGCGAAUACAUCAGGCCUUUGUGCACAGGAGUUGUGGUGAAAAGGUGGAGUCAGGAUCCUCACAGUCUUGGUGCGUUUGCGCUCUUCACACCUUACCAACACUUAGAGUAUGCCAAGAAGCUCUUCCAAAGGGAAGGCAAAGUGCAUUUCGCUGGUGAACACACAGCUUUCCCUCACGCUUGGAUUGAGACCGCCAUGAAAUCCGCCAUCAGGGCCGCAGUUAACAUAAACCACUUGGCACAUGCAGAGUUAUCAAGAAUCCAACACCAACAUGAACUCUAGAUUCUUAAAUCUUCAGUCUGGCUUUUUUUUUUUUUAGGAUUAUUAGAUGCAUGAAAUGGCAAAUAUGUCAUUCAGACUGAGAGGUGGAAAAUGUUUGCAAAUUCUCAAAUAAAAAACUGAGGUUAUCAUUCUUGUGUUGGUGUAUCGGGGGCAAAAAUAGCUUGAUGCUAAAAAUCUCAUGCUAUAAAUUUAGCAUAAUAUGUGUUAACUCCAUGCACAGGAAAACAUACUUAUUCCAAACUCCCAACUUUUAUGCCUUCAGUUGGUCUUUUUAUUAUGAAAUUACACAUUUUUUGAUCAGUUAAGUAUUCAGUUAUUCUUACGAUAUGAUAUCACUUUGCUCAACAUCACAAUAUGCUACACUAUGCUAUGCUAUGCUACGCUACAUUAUGGUAGACUGUACUAUGCUUGGCUGUGCUACACUAUACAAUAUUAUAGCAUACUACACCUCAGUACAGCACAUUAUGCACUGCGGUGCUACACUGUUAUACUACGCUAUGCUAUGCUAUACUAUACCACAGUACACAACACUAUACUAUGCAUGAAUUGAAUUAUUUCAGCCCAUAGAAUGCAAAGAAUGUAGUGCAGUGAACAUGCACAGACUCUUCACCGCGCCAAACCACAGGAAGAUUUAGGAACCAAGACAUUUUAUUUUUGGGUUGAGUGAAUGUGAAUAUUAAAAGACAGGCAAUAACAGCGAACAGACACGGCGG